CCAUGACUUUGUCUUGUCCUUUAUAGCAUCUGACGCAUUCCCACAUCAAUACAAUGAACUUUGCACCUACUACAACAGUAUAAGAUUCCUAUUAUUCAAAGUUAAUAUAUACACCCCAAUAAACUGAAAUUCCCUGAGAAUUAUUAGUGAUGAAAUUGAAAUAUUCCCAAAGUAUGGUUCAUUAUCUUUUUCUUGUUCUAAUAUUAUUAGUGGUCCAAAUAAGCCAGCUGCAAGCUGCUGCAACAGUUAAAUAUCUUCCUGGAUUUGAAGGUCCUCUUCCUUUUCAUCUUGAGACUGGGUAUGUAGGUGUGGGUGAAGAAGAGAAAAGGCAGCUAUUCUAUUAUUUUAUUAAAUCAGAAUCAGACCCUGAAAAUGAUCCUCUUAUAUUGUGGCUCACCGGAGGACCUGGUUGUUCUUCCUUCAAUGGAGUUGUCUAUGAAAUUGAGAAUCCAUUAUUACAUAAGAAAACACUCAAAAAAUUUAUCGUCAAAUCGAGCUUGUAGGCCAUUAUAUUACAAACAAAAAAAGUACAAUGGGAGCCUACCAACACUUGGAGUGACUCCAUACUCAUGGACCAAGGUAGCAAGCAUAAUAUUCUUAGAGCAACCUGUAAAUACUGGAUUUUCUUAUGGAACAACCCUAGAAGCAAUGAAUGUCAUUGAUGUUGACGCAUGUAAGCACACCUAUGAAUUUUUACUUAAGUGGCUUGUUGAUCAUCCAGAAUUUAGUUCAAAUAAUUUUUACAUGGCCGGAGAUUCAUAUUCUGGUAUCGUUAUUCCACGUAUUGUCCAGCUGAUAUCAGAUGGAAUUGAAGCAGGCAACAAGCCUUUGAUUAACCUUAAGGGUUAUUUACUUGGAAAUCCUUUGACAUUUACUGAAGAAAAAAAUUUUAUGAUGCCUUUUCUUCAUGGCAUGGGAAUCAUUCCUAGCGAUCUUUAUCAGUCACUGGUGCAAAAUUGCAAAGGAGAAUACAGAGAGGACUUUGCUCCCACUAAUGCUCAAUGCACUCAGAAUUUAAAUAUUGUGGACGAGUUGUUGGAAAAUAUUAAUGAUCAACAUGUUUUAGAGCCCUCAUGUGGAUCAGAAACUGAAUUGAGAAUGCCAUUUCCAUCUAAACUUCGAGGGAGAAGAAGAUCUCUUGAGGAGAGUUCCAUCUCAUCCAAAUGUUAUGGACAUCUUGUUGAUAGGCAUGACCUUUCAAAUCAUUGGGCAAAUGAUCCUCGAGUCCAGAAAGCUCUCAAUGUUCGAAAGGGAACUGUCGAUCACUGGGCAAGAUGCAGGCAAAAUGGUAUUAAAGAAACCUACACAUUUACCUCUAUGGAUAGUAUAUCAUAUCAUGUAAAUCUUAGCUCUAAAGGUUACAGAUCACUUAUAUACAGUGGUGAUCAUGAUAUGGGUGUACCAUUCCAAUCUACAGAAGCAUGGAUUACAUCACUAAAUUAUUCUAUUACAGACAGUUGGCGUCAAUGGACUGUUAGUGGUCAAGUUGCAGGAUACACAAGAUCAUAUUCCAAUAAGAUGACAUUUGCAACAGUAAAGCAGGGAGCAGGACACGUGGCACCUGAAUACAAAAGGGAAGAGUGCUUUAAUAUGUUUAAGAGAUGGAUAUCUCAUAAUCCUUUAUAGACAUUGAAGCUAUUUGCCAGUAUUUGAUGUUCGUUUUUUUAAAAAAAAAAAUAUAUAUUUUUUUAAUUAAUAAGACACAAUUGCUACC